AUGUCUGCGGCGCGGGGUGCCUCUGCUGCCAGCCCGUUGCUCCAGAUGUCGACCAGCCUGCCAGGAAUGCCGCCUAGCCAGGCCCACGGCAGGCUGGCUGCCACGCUGGCCGUGGCGGCGAGCGCAGAGGUGCACGUGUGCGCCGCCAACGCCGCCGCCGCCGCCGCCGCCGCCGCCGCCGCCGCCGCCAGAGUAGUCCAAUUUCCUGGAUGGCGCUACUACGCGGACGAUGUUUACGGCCUGGGCUUAACCCGCAAGCGGCCGCCGGCGACGGGGCACUGCGCAAAGAACUGGGCGACGGUGCCGGCCGCCGCCGCCGCCGCCGCCGCUGCUGCCGCCGACGUAAAAGGACGGCCACUCUGCCGGCUAGCGGCCCCCGCGCUCUAA